UAGCAAAUUGUUAAAAUUUGAUAUAAUAUAGUUUAAUUGUAAUAAUAUUCACACAAAUAGUUGUAAUAAAUACUUACAAAUCUAUAUUCAUUAUUAAUUUUUCUUUUUAUAUUUAUUUAUAUAGGUGUAUUUUAUUUUUUAAGUAUAUUAUAUUCAUAAAAAAAAAUACGAAAAAAUGGUGGAUUUACACGGGAAGGAUAAAGGAAAUAUUUCAUUACCAACAAAAUUACAAUCAUAUGAAGAUGAUGAAAAGAAACCAACAAUUAUUAAUAUGCAAAAAACUUUUUAUACUAUUAAAAUCGCAGAUAUUGAAUCUAGAAUAAACAGGUUAGAUGAAAGAAAUGAGGAAUUGCUAGAGGAAAUCGAAACUACAAAUGAACUUUCAGCUACAAUAGAUACAGAAACAAUUGAAGAAAUUACAAGUUUAAAUAAGCAAUUUUUAACACAAAAUAGUUUGGUAGAAAGUUUAAAAAAUAAAAUCAAUACUAUAGAAAAUGAUAGAAUAGAAAAUCAACGAUUAUAUGAAGAGAAAAAGGAAUUAUUUAAUCAAAAUUAUAAAAAAACGAAAUUUGAAUUAAUUUCUCAAGCCAAAGUUCUAAAUGCGGAAAUUAAUGUUUUGCAAGAUUUUAAAAGAGUGCAAAAUGUAUUACAAGAAAAACUUGAAGAGAAUGAGGAACAAAUGGUAAAAAAUGAAAAGAAAGUAAAAGAAACUAUAGAAAUUGUUAAUCGAAAAAUUGAAUUUGAUAAAGAAAUGCUUAAAAAUGAAAUGUACGAUUGUCUUCUUGAUUUGGCAGCACAAUUUCAAAUGCAAGUUAAUAAACAUAUAAAUUUACCAAAUCAAAGAUUGAUGAGAGAAAAUAUUAUGUUAAAACAUGAAUUACUACAAAUUUCUGAGAAUAUUUCAUCAAAAAUGGAUACUGAACUUUAUUUAAAAAAAUCACAAAUUAAUUAUAAGGAAAAAUUGGGUACACAAUCUAUGUUUAUAAAAGAUAAUAUAAAAAUUUCAAAAAUACAAAAUAUAAUAUUAGAAUAUAUAAAAAAAAAAUUAGAAAAUGCAAAAAAAAACUUAUCACAUAUUCCUAUUCCUGAGGAUGCGAAACAAAGAGAAUAUAUGAUAUUGAUAGAAAAAACUAUUUCUGAGCAAUGCAAUAUCCAUUUUCGUCUCGCAUCAUUAAAAACAAUGCUUCAUAAAAUAAGAUUGAAAAUUAAUCUUGCGAAACAUUUUUUGAAAUUAAUAGAAUCUAAAAUAAGAGCAGUUUUUGAAACUAUUUAUGAUUUAAAAUAUAAUGCAACAUGUUUACUAAAGUAUCCUUAUAGUCGUUGGGAUCUAAUAACAAUGAGUUGCAUUGAAGUGUUUCUAUUUUUGAGAGAUAUACUUAUUAAAGGACAAAUCAAAUUUGAAAAUUAUGUUGUUGAAUCGACGGAAUCUAUACCUGACAAAUUAGAAUCUACUUCAAAUAUAAAAGAAAAUCCAAAUAUAGAAAAUAUUGAUUUGGUAAUGUUUGUAACAAAAGGAUUCUUAAGUAAAGAAAUUUUAGAUAAAACAAAACAAAGUGAAAAUUUGGAUGAGAAGAAAGAAUUUAUUGAAAAUAACGAAAUUAAUGAAACUAUUUCCGAACAUUUCGUUGAAACUAUUUCCAAAGAUAAUAUUGAUUUUAAUUUAGAAAAUAAUGAUGAAUUAUCUAAAGAUGAUGAAAAUGAAUCAGUAUUUGAUAUUGCUGGAGAAUAAAAUCUGGUAUUACAAAUAU